UUACUCUUAAUCUGACCACAUUGUCCUCCUCGCAGAUUCCCACGCGCCCUGAUCGCUGAUUUAAACUUUUCGGGGACUUCUUCUAACGAGCUUGCGUUGGGAUGGUUCAUUCCUUCCGGAGGCGGAGGAUAUUGAUGGGAUAUUUCUGUCUCCAGUGCAUCACCUGAGGACCGCCGGGCAGGGAGCCGGAGGGCGUCUGGAGGCUGGAUGGACAACAUGUCUCCACAGCAGGACAGCCUCGGACUGCAAGAAAACAAACGGCGGAUGAAGUCUAUGACAUAUCGACGGCAGUCCGCCCCGUCUCUCGUCAUCACCAAGGCUCUCACCAGGUCCAAGACUCUCUCCAGGGAUAACUUUGUGAUUCCCGUGAACCCGGAGUCCUGCCCGCUGGUCCAGUCCUGCCUCGCCGGCUCCGAUCGGGCUUUUCUUCUCCACUGCCAUGCUCAGUUGAAAACGGGGAUGCAAACCCAGGAGAGACACCUCUUCCUGUUCAACGACAUACUUGUGAUCGCCAAAGCCAAGUCAGCCAGCCACUUCAAGCAGAAGGCCCAGGUGUGCGUGUGCGAUAUGUGGACGGCGGGAUGCUUGGAGGAGGUGUGCGAGGGCAGCACGUUUCCAGAGAGGAGCUUCGUCAUGGGCUGGCCGACCUGCAACUGUGUCGCCGUGUUUAGCUGUGCCGAUCAGAAGGAGAGGUGGCUCUCCGUCCUCAAAAGUCUGAUCAGAGAAGAGAAGGAGAAAGAAGAACCGAAAACUAUUCCUCUGAGGGUGUACGGGAAGGGAAUCAACACUUUUGCGGUCACCAAGACACUUCCUGUCAGCAACUCUGAUUCGACCAAUGAGGUGAUCCGACUGGCCUUGCAGCAGUUUGGCAUCAUUGGAAAUGUAAAAGACUUCCAGAUGUGGGUCAUCUCCAAGAGGGACAACAACCUCUACCCUCUGAUCGGUCAUGAGUUUCCUUUCAGCGUCCAGAUGAGUCAUGUGAGACACACCGCGGCUACGGGGGGCGGCAGAGACACGCCCGCGUCGCCCGCGGACCGACAGCGGGCCAUGCAGGUGGAGCAGAUGCAGGUGUACAAGCAGUGUCAGUUCAUCCUGAAGCCUCGACCCGCUGAUACCCAGCAUGCAUCUGCAGAGACGUGCAAGAAGCCGUUUAAAAGGCGGCGCUCCCUCAUCACCUGGGCCUUCUGGCGCGGCUCCUCCUACAACCUGAACGAGUUGUCGGAGGCCGCGCACGGCCGCCUCUUCUGCCAGCCUCUCAACACUAUCUGUUUAGACAACAAGCUGCCAAAGCCUAUCAUGGACAUGCUGGUGUUUCUGUACCACGAGGGCUCGAGCACCAGGGGGAUCUUCCGUCGCCCCGCGGGGGCUCGGGCCGUCAGGGAGCUGCGGGACUCUCUGGACAUGGGCGUUUUCCAACUCCCCCUCGCUAAAGACAACGUCUUCAUCAUCGCCGGGGUCUUUAAGGAUUUCCUGCGCAACAUCCCGGGCAGCUUGAUGUGCUGCGAGCUGCACGAGGAGUGGAUGGACGUGCUGGAUGAAGACGAUGACGAGGAAGAGCAAGUGCAGGACGUGCAGAGGAUGAUUUUCCGUCUGCCCAAAGAAAACACUCAACUGCUCCGCUACCUGUUGGCCAUGCUUCACGGCAUCCAAGGCAACGCCCAGGAGAACCAGAUGACCAGCUUCAACCUCUCGGUGUGCAUCGCGCCCAGCAUGCUUUGGCCUCCGGGAUUGCCUUGUAGCCCCGAGGUGGAAGGAGAAGGAACUAGGAAGGUUUGUGACCUGGUGAAGUUCAUGAUUGAACACUGUCAGCAGAUUCUGGGGGAGAAUCCAUCGACGCUGUUCGGAGGGCCGGCGCAAAAGGUCAACGCUGAAGAGACGGGGUCAGAUUCCUGGCAGUACCCGUUGACCGACUCCUCCUACGACAGUCUGGAGAACGAUUUGGACACCAGCAGCGGCGGCUCUCCGGGCUUCUACGGCGGCGAGCGCUUCAAACCCAAGGCGCUUCAAGGCAGCCUGGACUCCAUCUUGACGUUCAGCGACUACGACCAAGACGCGGAGCCAAAUGCGCAACAGAAGGGUCAAGCGGCGGGAAGCGCCGAAACUAGCGCCCGCGAUCCAGAGCUCUCCUGUCCCCUCCGGGACGUUCCGGCUGUGAACGCAGCGUCCAGCCUGGAGUGGCUGUCGCUUGAUCCUCGGCACGGGCAGCGGCGGCGGAGGUGCUCGGAGCCGGCUAUAGCGUACGUGGCCAAGUUUCAGCCGAGCAGCGACGCCCUCACUGGUGAGGAUGAAGAGGAUGAAGAGGAGUUUUCCAAGAGUCCAACUUUCCACCCGCUCGAUCCAUCCAGAGAUCAGGCCAAUAGGGGUGGAGGUCUGCGGCCUGCAGCUCUGAAGGAGAGCCCGUCAAACUCCCCUGAACCCACCGGCUCCUCCUCGGACUCCCUCACUUUUUGGGCGACCAGACAGGAAGUGACAAAGACACAACAGCCUCCAUCCGCUGCUCCCUUCUCCGCGAGCGGUCCCCUGACCUCUGCCAGACUCAGAGACCUCGGGACGUGUCACAAAGCGUCUUCUUCGCCCAAAGAAACGCAGAACUGGGCGACCCUGAAGAGCUGCGGCAACCUUCACCCAAACUCUUGGCUGAAGAAAAGCCGGAGGCGUCAAGACAGCUUGGAGAAGGAAGAAGAGGACGCGAUGUGGAGAGGACCCACUGAGUCGUUCACCCUCAGGAAACUCUCCCCAGAGGAAAGAGAGGAAGGAGGAAAAGUGAUCACGUCAAAAGACGCAGGCCGACGGGGUCAUGUAGGUCCCCACAACGUUUAUCAGCUUAAACAGAACUCAUCAAGCCCCCCUUCCCACCACCGCUCUACAGGUAGUCUACAUUUUCCCACAGACUCUCAGGUGACAGACGGGCAGGCGAGAGGCAAGAAGAGUAAGCCCCCUCUGUCCAUCCUCAAGGACAGCAAGUCUCACUCUGUGGACGAGGAGCCCAAAGCCAGGAUCCAACAGCGCCGCGGUUCAGAACCGUGGCGGCAGGUCGCGGGGCGCGCCUCCAGCCUGACGAGGGCGCGGCUGCCCAGCGACCCGGGGCUGAAGGUGACUGAUGUGGACUGGCGGGGAGAGGCGUCAGAGGCCCGUUUCUGCCUCACCCCCUACGCCACCAAAGCGGUGAAGGAGUACUUCUCCUCGCACCGACACGGUAACCCCAAGAGCAGCCAGCAGGUGGCGCUGGCGCUGGUGGAGAGUCGCAGGGAGUGGCUUAAGAGAUGCAGCGAUGCGACAGCAGAACCGGACUUUGAGCAGCUUCUGUUCGCUGAAGAAUCAUUUGUUUAAAUCUGACUGCAACCUGCAGGAAAGCAGAAUCACUUACCCGCAUUGGACAUUAGCAUACCUAGAUAAGAACGAAUAUGGUUAUUAUUAUACUUGCCAACUUAUAAAUUACUGCUUUUUGUUGUGUUCUCAGACCCUUAAAUUGUGCGAAAUAUUUGCCUUAGUCUGUGGACUUAUAUAUUUAAUAUUAAUUGUUCAUUUGUUGUAGCAUAAACAGUUUGAAAAAUUCAUUUCACACAAGGCAAAAAGGUACAUUUGAAAACUUUGCCUCGAGCUUACUGCCAAUGGAAGGGAACGUCCUCAAGGCUGGAUUUACACACAGAAGUAAAACGACCUUUUAAGAUGAUUUCAAUUGAGAAAAAAAAACAAAAAAACAAAUCUGAAUGGAAGUUUAAAACUGUUGGAUUGUGUUUCAAAAUCGAUCGGGCCAAACUUGAAACCUGCCAAUUUAAAAAACGACCGGAUGUUGCCUUUUUUAAAAAUCUCGGACAAGUAGAAUCUUCAUUUUGUGUAGCGCCAAUUCAUAACUAAUGUCAUCUAAAGACGCUUUAAUUAACUAUUAUUAUUUAUUUAGGGGAAAUUCUGUUUUUACACUCUGUGUAAUGAACAUGAGGCUGCAUACACACACACACAUGCACAAACAGGAUCCUGCAUUAAAGGAGCGGUCUCAGAGUGAGGGGCAUCAAACAGGAAAUGGACUUUUACUAAUUUGGUCAAAGCAUGAUUCUCAGAUGUAAUUGUUUUUCAUGUUCUCUUCCAUGUAACUCCCCCCCUCCCCCCCACCAAUGCAUUUUUCUGUACAGCUUCGAUCUCCUCUUAGUGUCGACACUAGUAACUUUAAAGUUAUGAACCUUUGAUGCUAAACUCUGUUCUGUUGGCAAGUUCUCAAAAAUCAAUGGCACAAUACUUUGCAUACGGACAUAAUCCAGAAGCAGCCAUCAUGAUUGGACUGUAGU